GACUCGCGCCGCACAGCGCUUCCCCCGCGCCCGCCUCUGCGGCUGCGCGCUGGCGGGGCCGAGGCGGAGGGGAGGGGGUCGCGCCGCGGGCCGGCGGAGCUGCUUUGGCUGCGGCGGCAGCAGGAGACGGAGCGAGCCCGGCGGCCACGGGCAGACCCGGAGGGAACGGAGGAAGCGGUCAUGUCUCGCUACACGAGGCCCCCCAACACCUCGCUGUUCGUCAGGAACGUCGCGGACGCCACCAGGCCUGAGGACUUGCGCCGUGAGUUUGGUCGAUAUGGCCCUAUAGUAGACGUUUACAUUCCACUUGACUUCUACACUCGCCGCCCGAGAGGAUUUGCUUAUGUUCAAUUUGAAGAUGUUCGUGAUGCUGAAGAUGCUCUUUAUAACCUCAAUAGAAAGUGGGUAUGUGGCCGUCAGAUUGAAAUACAGUUUGCACAAGGUGAUCGCAAAACACCAGGCCAAAUGAAAUCAAAAGAACGUCACCCUUGUUCUCCAAGUGAUCAUAGGAGAUCAAGAAGCCCCAGCCAAAGGAGAACUCGAAGUAGGAGUUCUUCAUGGGGAAGAAAUAGGCGGCGGUCUGAUAGCCUUAAAGAGUCCCGACACAGGCGAUUUUCUUACAGCCAGUCUAAAUCUCGCUCCAAAUCACUACCAAGGCGAUCUACCUCAGCAAGGCAGUCAAGAACCCCAAGAAGGAAUUCUGGUUCUAGAGGACGGUCAAGGUCCAAGUCCUUGCAAAAAAGGUCCAAGUCGAUAGGAAAAUCACAAUCAAGCUCACCUCAAAAGCAGACUAGCUCAGGAACAAAAUCAAGAUCACAUGGAAGACAUUCUGACUCCAUAGCAAGAUCCCCAUGUAAAUCUCCCAAAGGGUAUACCAAUUCUGAAACUAAAGCACAAACAGCAAAACACUCUCAUUUUCGAUCGCAUUCCAGAUCUCGGAGUUACCGUCAUAAAAACAGUUGGUGAACAGCGACAGAAGAGUGCUACGUAGUAUUUAAUAUGUUAUUAAACCUCUCGUUAUGUUAAAUAAAAAUUCUUCAAGGCUUACAGAAAAAGUGAGUUGAUAUUAGUUAUUUUGGGCAUGUGCAAGAGAUAAAAUCUCUCUAUCUUGGGUUAAGAUUUGGUCUCGAUUUAAGGGCCCAUACCACAAAUUAUGAUGUGAGUAAUGUCCCAUUUUAUGGACCAUUUUUUGUUUACAUUGUGGCAGAAGGGUACUUUUCAAAGGAAAUGGAUAAAAUGGAACUAAUUUGGAAAAUUAGACUUGGAUGUUAAGAAUAAUACUAAUAACUUUUACAAAAGUAUUUUUUACUUUAAAGCACUUUUCUUUCAUGUAAAAAGUAAUUAUGACUGUAUAAUCGCAUAGGGCAAACUUAAGACUAUUUGACAUCUUACAUCUCCUUUUUGUUUUCUCUUUAAACUUGGGCCAAUUCCUGAUGGAUAUUAGUUCAUAUUACAAAAUUCUGACAUUUCUAAAAGUAGAGUUUAUAGAGAGAUCAAGCGUUCAAAAGAUACAUUCUUUCCUGAGCUCAAAAAAGGUUUUAUUUUUACUGGGUGGAACAGUAUAGAUAAGUUGACAUUAAAUUGCAUCCUAUACCAUAUUUAUUCACUUCAGAAAUACCGAAACGUUAUAAAAAUUCCGAAUUUUGAAUGGUUUGAGACUAAAAAUGAUGUGCAACACUCAUAGUCCAAAAAUUCAUAUCAAGCCUUACACAUUUGAAGAGUGGUACAUUUUGUAUAAAAAUCAUACUUUAUACCGUUAAUUCUGCAUACCUACUUUUCAUCUACUGCUUAAUUUUUCUUUUUAGAGCUCUAGCUGAUGACUUUAAACUGUAUAGAAUAACUCUUAUUUAUUUUUGGAAAUGUUUAGUACCUUGUAUUAAGAACCUCAAGACUGCCUCCUCAAAAAACAACUUUGCAGUAUUGGGAUUUACAUUACACUGCCCUUCAUUUUUUUAAGCCAAAUAGCUUUAUUGAUAUUCAUUGCUUUUGUAGUUGUUAAAACUAA